AUGGCGGAAGCGUCGAAAGUCCAGUGGAGAGCUUCACAACGAGCCAAGCUGCCCGAUGCAUGUCAGCAAGCAGCAACAAAGUCCAGGCAAAUUCGUGCUCCACCCCCAUUACGUAAAAGAUCACAAGCAUCGGUUGAACAGUUUGAGCGACGAGUCACCCGACACAAAUCAAAGCCACUGCGGCGAUCGAAGCACGAGCAGAAAAUAUAA